CCCUGCAUCUCAACCUCUCAGUUAAAGAUCAAGACUCCCACUAACCAAAUACUAAGAAAAAAAAAUGUCAACCAAAGGAGCAACCCAGUUGGAGCCAUGGUGUGAUUUAAGGAACAAAGUGGUUCUAGUAACUGGUGCAUCAUCUGGUUUAGGCAAGGACUUUUGUCUUGACUUGGCUAAAGCUGGUUGCAGGAUUUUAGCAGCAGCUCGUCGUGUAGAUCGUUUAAAGUCUUUAUGUGAUGAAAUCAAUCAGAUGAGUUUGUCUUUCCCUACUUCCUCCUCAACAGCUGAGGUGGAUAUUCAGCCGCGAGCGGUGGCGGUGGAGUUGGAUGUUUCUGCUGAUGGAAACACUAUUGAUAAGUGUGUACAGAAAGCUUGGGAUGCUUUUGGUGGGAUUGAUGCCUUGGUUAAUAAUGCUGGUGUUAGAGGAACUGUAAGGGAUCCAUUGGAAUUGUCUGAGGAGGAAUGGAAUCAUGUUAUAAGAACGAACACGACAGGAACUUGGCUGGUUUCGAAGGCUGUUUGUAUACGAAUGCGUGAUUCGAAACGAGGAGGAUCAGUGAUUAAUAUAGCUUCUAUUGCUGGUCUUAAUCGUGGACAAUUGCCUGGAGGCAUUCACUACGUUGCUUCAAAGACAGGCGUGAACGCCAUUUCAAAGGUCAUGGCUAUGGAAUUGGGAGCAUACAAAAUCAGAGUGAACUCAAUAUCACCCGGACUUUUCAAAUCGGAGAUCACACAGGGCCUUAUGCAGAAGGACUGGCUCAGUAAUGUUGCUCUGAAAACAGUCCCUUUGAGAACAUUUGGCACAGCAGAUCCAGCAUUAACAUCACUUGCUCGCUACCUAAUCCACGAUUCUUCAGAAUAUGUGACAGGCAACAAUUUCAUCGUCGAUGCUGGGGCAACCCUACCAGGAGUCCCUCUAUUCUCUUCCCUUUGAAACUGAAUGUACCCCCAUUAUUUACUAGUUUGAGCUUUCAGAUGCCUGCUGCACGGUGUUUGUCAGUGGAGAAUCUUUUCAUUGCGUUUGCUCAAGUGCUUCCAUGUGAUUUUUUUCUUUUCCGAAGAUGAAUUUUCAUUCUUUGAUGCUUUCUUUUGUAAGGUGAGGUAAUAAUGAAGUUUUUUGGUGGCUUUUUGGA